GGCCCAUGAGGGAGCCGGGGCCGCCUUCCCGGGAGCGGCAGAAGAUGGCGGCGGCCGCGGGCUGGGCGCUUCUGGCCCUGGCGCUGUGUCUGAGCGCGGCGGCCGCGACCGGCGGCUCCGAGGGGAAGCGGCCGCCCAAGAAAAAGGACAUUCGGGACUACAACGACGCGGACAUGGCCCGGCUGCUGGAGCAGUGGGAGAAAGAUGAUGACAUUGAAGAGGGAGAUCUCCCUGAACACAAGAGGCCUCCAGCACCAAUAGAUUUCUCAAAAAUAGAUCCAGGCAAGCCUGAAAGCAUCCUGAAGCUGACAAAGAAGGGGAAGACUUUGAUGAUGUUUGUCACAGUGUCGGGAAAUCCAACAGAAAAGGAGACUGAAGAAAUCACCAGCUUGUGGCAGGGCAGCCUCUUCAACGCAAACUAUGACGUGCAAAGGUUUAUUGUUGGCUCCAAUCGGGCCAUCUUCAUGCUGCGGGAUGGUGGCUAUGCCUGGGAGAUCAAAGACUUCCUGAUCAAUCAGGAAAGGUGUGCAGAUGUUACUCUGGAAGGUCAGGUUUAUCCUGGCAAGGGAGCAGACGGAAGUGAGAAAGUGAAAAACAAAACAAAACCUGAAAAAGCAAAGAAGAAAAAAGACACAGAGAAGAAAUCCAACGGCGUCAAAGAGGACAACCGAGCAACCAACCAGAGAGAGGAGCUAUGACAGCCACGGUACCCAGACUGAAUCCUGCUCUGCUGCUCCUUGAAGGGAAUCUGCUGAUGAGUCCUGGGUUUUGGGGAGGAAGGAAGCAGAGACUACUGAAGUUUAAACUUAUGUUGAAAUUCACAAGUUUACUCAUUG